AUGGAUUACGGUGGAUACAGAGAUAAGCCUGUUGUUGAACCAUAUUACCCGGCACAAGAAUGGUAUCCAGAUUACGUUGGGUAUGGUGGAUACAGAGAAUACGGUGGAUACGGUGAUGAGCCUCCGAAUACACCACUGUAUGAUGAUUAUCAACCCUCUAACCCGGGAAACCGUUUCAAAAUCAGUUACUCUGGUGUACUUCAAGAUCCGGAAUAUGAGGCUUCAGCCAGUUCAAAAUUACCAGUAAACUUGAAACUGGUAUUUUCAAACGAAGUAGCUUCUCCGGUAUUCACUAAACAAAAGAUCAUUGGAAAAGUCAUUGGUGAUAAUGGGAAUACCUCCAUUCAAGUCAUCUUAGUUGAUAGAAACACACACCAAAGGAUCACAUCCGGAGCGGAGGCCUCAGCAAAGGUGAAGAUGGUGCUUCUCCGUGGGGAUUGUGGUGGUUCCACCACAAGAGGGUUUGAAGAAAACAUUGUGGUUGACUGGGAAAAGAAGAAAAACAUUCUUCAAGGUGAUAUGUAUGUAUACCUCCAAAGAGGGUGUGGGACGGUUGGUGAAAUUAGAAUCAAACAUGAUAAGAACUCUCUUAAGAAUGUUCAAUUUAGAUUAGGUGCAAUGAUAGUGGACACGUCGUAUGAGGUUGAAGAAGCGAUAACGAAUCCAUUUGAAGUUAAGGAUCAUCGUAAUUUACCAAAGUGCUUAAGACCAUUGUCACUAGAAGAUAGAGUGGGCAAGAUGAUGAAUAUAUCAAAUAAGUGCACGGGCAAGAUUCGUACGCGUCUAGAGAGUAAAAACAUUCGAACAGUGAGGGAUUUUCUCGGCAUGCACUCUUUAAACCCUCAGGAACUCCAGGAGAUAUGUGGUAUCAAAGGCAAAAGGUGGGAGAUGACGGUAAAACAUGCAAAAACAAGCCUAGUAGGAAACAUGGGCACUAAAUUCUCCUCUCAACAUUCAAACACUUUGACAUCUGAUGAUAGUGAUAUGUUAAAACAAUGGUAUGAUGGUUGA